CCAUUCUUGGCCUGCACUAUCUUCCUCUCUCUGUCUCUUCUUUCUCUGUUUACAAAACAUCUCCUUCUCCUAUUACUCUUCUUGUAAUGUCAGUGACGCUAGGAGAUCUUCGCCCGUCUCUAUCUCCUGCCAGUGAAAGGAGACCGACCGUUUAUAACAAGGAGAGUCAUAGCGAAGAGACUGACGAAGACUUGGGUCUUGGGCUAUGCUCUGACAGUACCUACCCCAACUCCUCCGGCGGUAGCACACACGAAGAUGAGGGUAGCCCCAUUACUGUUAGACCCCCUAGACUCUUAGCUCUACAUCUAAACGGUGCUGCUAACAAUAAUAAUGGAUUUGGCAUUGAGAAAGAUUCUGGCCUAGACAUCCCUAUUACUGGAAGCAGUUGCACAUCAGCGACACACACCCCUCUAGGUAGGACCUCGUUCAGCGAAGGCAGACGUCCCUCUAUCGUUGAAAUGGUUAAUGGAGGUCCAUUAGCAGGUUUAAAGUCAGGCUCAAAGUUAAAUUUUGAUGACAUGUCGGCUGGUGACUUAGAGUACGUUUAUCAGCUUCAUCAAAACAGGCGGGGCUCGUUGCCUAGUGACCACAUACAGGAGAUGAAGGUUCCCCCAGUACAGGAGCCUCUCAUGUCCUCUCAGACAGUCCUCAAUGGCUACUCCCCCACUUGUAAUCCUCGUCACUGUUGGGAGCCUCAUUUCAACUCAAAGAUUCUCGAGGCUCACUGGAAGAACAAAGUGACUGAGUUCUUGCACAGACGCUAUCGUGUUGCCCUCAUAUUUAUUGGGCUUUUCGCUCUUUUGUGGAUCGUAUUUUUCUCUGUUCAGCUUCCAGUGAAUUUAUCAAAUAAACUCACGAGCGAUUUUCUUGCUGCCGAAAGUGUCAAGUAUUCUGAAGGUUAUAUCAUGGGCGCCGUCACUCUUUUCUUUAUCCUCAUUCCUCUCCUUGUACUCACUUUUUGGAAGCACUAUCGUAAAAUCGCUCAAGCCCUCUCCGUCAUCCUAACCCUAGUAUUGAUGGGGUCUUCAAUCGGACUAGCCAUUGCUUUACACAUUGAUUCAACUGCUGGCAUAUCCACCAUAUCAUUUGUAGCUCAGUUCGCUAUAUCAGCCAUUGUGGUCCUGGUAGUAUACACUCUCUCUCGUUUCAGUAUUUGGUUCUCUGUCAUUAUCUGUUUCUGUUACAUGAUGAUUCUCGAGACUAUUUCCAUUACUCUUCAUAGCAUGAGCGCUCCGCAGUAUUUCAACAUAACCUCAACCACCGCCACUAAUACAAAUUAUUUCAAAUUAUUUACGUCGGCGACUGUGAGUAGACUGUUGUUCCACAUUGCUCUCAAUAUUUCGGGAAUCACCACGGCUUACCUAUCCCAGUUGAGGCUUCACGAUACAUUCUGGCGUAUCGGUCAAUGCGUGCUGGCCAGACGACUCCUAGACACGGAGAGGGACAUUGAGGAGAAGACGGUUCACUCUUUGCUACCGCGGGCUUUUGCCGAUAACCUUCUCUCGGCCGAUGUCCAAAUUGCCAUUAUCAUCAAUCAAGAGUUGCAUCGUGGGGAGCACUCCUCCCACCACCCGCUAUUCAAGCCGAUAUCGAUACCUUUUAAUUUCUGUUCCAUGGAUCGCGUGAGUAUACUCUUUGCCGACAUCGUCGGCUUCACGAAAUUUUCUUCAUCUCUCUCAGCAGCAGAGCUGGUUGGAAUACUCAACGAGAUAUUCUCAGAGUUUGACGAGCUCGCUGUGAGGAACAAAUGCGAGAAGGUAACAACCCUUGGUGAUAGCUACAUUGCUGUGUCUGGUUGUCCUAAGCAAGACUCGGCUCAUGCUGAUAACGUAGUCGAGAUGGGUCUUUCUAUAGUAAAGUCCCUCGAUGAUUAUUGUCUUCGUACGAGGCGACCAAUCAGAAUGAGGAUUGGAGUUCACAGCGGGUCUGUUAUUUGUGGCGUCGUUGGCACUAAAAGAUUCAAAUUUGACGUGUGGUCUCGUGACGUCACGAUAGCCAAUCAAAUCGAGUCUGUGGGCAUGCCUGGGCGUGUCAUUGUCUCCAUGGCAACUCGGAGCUACCUGUCAAGUGCAUACGUGACAGAAGACUACGUUGUUGAUGACGUUCCCCCGGACCUGGAGGGUAUGAAACUCUACUCUGCCUCUCGUUACAGAAGACGCUCCUCAACGACGAUCGGCUCUACGUCGCUAGCUUGGAAACAACGUAUUAAAGAGAUCGAGAGUGUGGGCAAGGGAGAGGAAGAAGGGGAGGAGGAGGAGGAGGAGAGCACUCUUAGGGAGAUGCUACGUAGACGCUCCUCUUUACGUGGUGACCUUCCACUUGAUGGGCAGCCCUCUGUAUCGUUACGGGACUCCCUGUCCCGCCAGUCCCACCUCCAGCAGUGUGCCUCUUACACUGAGGAGGCUAAUCCAUCAGACAGAGAGGAUAAUCUCGAUAGGAAGAUAGUCGACCUUAUGGAAGCGGAAAAGGUCAAGUUUGAUUCUUAUUUCGAUCCUCGUAUUCGCUGUCUCACGGUCUUCUUCAGCAACCAGGAGCUCGAGGCGAGAUAUCGUAAUCACGGUCGAGACCUCAUCGACCCUCAGAAUGGAAUGCAGAUGGAGCUUGGCUACCAAUUAACGAAACUGAGCUACUUAGUUGACGUUGUGGCCCUCAUAAGCAUAUUCUUGCUGAUAAUGGCAGGGACUGCCAUCACUCUAAGUGGCGGUACAGCCUUUCUCUCGGACGGCACUCCACUCUACCAGUCGUGGCUCAUAAUACUCAUACUAGGUCUCAUAACCCACACACUCAUUCUAAUAUGUGUCAUUGCCGUCUAUGCUCCUCAUCGGUUCCCGAAACAAUUUGCAUUAAAGUCCCAGUACCUCAUUAAUUGGUAUGUUCACUCUGUGGUUGCUACCUAUUUGAUAUAUUACCCGAUGUCGAUGGUCAUUAUAACUCUUACUCAAUGCUAUGGGUCUGGAUUCACGUCGGCCGAAGACCUCGUUCACGUCCAGAUGUCGCUUUAUGUGACGAUAAUCGUACUCAUCUCUUCGAUUAAUUUCAUGAAACUGAGCUACAUUGUCAAAGUUGCCGGUGGAGUCUGCAGCUGUGCCUUAACUAUUGUUCUCAUUGGUGCUGUCCACUUACAGAGGUGUCGGAGUAAGCUCCCCAUUGACAGUCCUGCUGGUAACUUUGGCAAUAGAACAAUCACCCCAGAGUCCCAAGUUGCUAUACUUCGUACCUAUUAUAACCAGCAUAUUGUCCCCGAGGCCUUGAUACUAUUUUUACUAAUCCUCACCAUAUUGGGUGUGGUCAAUAGCAUGUCUGAAGUCUCCGUGAGACUCAGUUUCAUCAGUAGGAUCGAAGCGGCCGUGAAUAAACAAACGACUCACCAGCAAAAGAACCAAGUUGAGUGGCUACUCUACAACAUCAUACCGCCUCACGUCGUGAUGGAGUUACGUAAUACAGGCCGUUACUCUCGUAACCACGAGUGCGUGGGCGUAGUUUUUGCGUCCAUCGUCAAUUUUGGUGACCUACGGAGCGGAGAAGGAGAUGAGGCCUCCUUUAGGUUGUUGAAUCGAAUAGUGAGAGAGUACGAUUCUCUCUUGGACCGAUCCCAAUUCUCUCAUGUUGAUAAGAUUAAGACUAUCGGGAGCACCUAUAUGGCUGCGUCGGGCCUCAACCUUCCUCCAAAUCACUCAGAUCACGUCGGCCAUCUCGUCCAAUUAAUAAAUUUCAGUCUUCAGCUCCAUGAGGUUCUCCGAAAGUUUAACAUAUUAGUCCCCGGUUUCUCGUUUCGUCUAAGGAUCGGUUUUAAUUACGGCCCCGUCACCUCGGGCGUGGUCGGAAGUCGAAAGCUACUCUAUGACAUUUGGGGUGAUACGGUUAAUGUUGCUAGCAGGAUGGAGAGCACCGGUAAAGUGAUGAAGAUACACCUUCCCGAGAAGUGUCUCCAGAUAUUGGACUCUUUUGUAACGUGGGACGAUCAUCAGACAGUAAACGUGAAGGGAAAGGGAAGCAUGAAAACCGUCUUUGUCACUGGAAGGAGAUAAUGUCAUUGACUUGUACCUCCAUCAUUGCUACUUCUAUUGUUUUUAUGUCUUAUAUUAUUAUUACUGGACCAGCUCUCUCUCUCACUCUCUUCUUGCCAUUUUUUCACCAUUCUUCAAUCUGUUUAUACGCAUCGUUAUUAUAAUUAUGUUGUGCUGUGACUGUUGUCAUUUUUCAUUGAAUGUAAUGAUUGUCUCAUAUUAAUUGCAAGUAAAUUCUUUGUUAUUUUUUCAA